CUUACGGUCAGACACUGAACUCCCGCGGCAAUCUUUAAUUUUGUUCUGUUAACUCUUGUUAACUGUAAACAAGAAAAAAUACCGGAAGUACAAAAUCUGCUUACUUUAUGUAUUACAAUAUCGCAGUACUGUACAAUUACCUACAGUGAUAGGACUUGAUUAAGUGUAUAGGACGUCUACGUCUGAAUAGUUCUGAGCAGAAUUCCGUCCUACAGACGUCCUAGCUCUUGAUGCAACUUAUAGCAGAGAACAGGAUGACCGCUAUGGAGGAGAGAGUUAACAGUUUUCCUCCAGCUUCAAGAACUCCUGAGUUUCAACCCCCAUACUUCCCUCCACCCUUCUCCAGUAACAUGAGUUUACAGCAGCAGGACGUUUUCAGCUCAUCAACCCUACAGACUCUACAGAGCCCUGAUCCUUACCAGAUAUCCCUUCAUUCUUUCAAUAUAAAUCAGGUCGGGAUAAAUACAGGAAACCAACCCUUCUCCUAUGAGAACCUGAGACGGGAGUAUACUCGUCUUGAACCUGACACCAUGAGUCAUAGUUUAUCCCCGGAGCAGGAACCUCAGAUGGAUGAAGAACAAGGAAUUUUCCCAGUUAUACGAGCCAGGGAUACAAACUCUAAAGAAAACCAUCUUCUCUCAACCCUUCCCACAGAUAUCUUUUGUUCUACUCCUGGUAGGCUCUCCCUUCUCUCCUCAACCUCUAAGUACAAGGUCACCAUAGCUGAGGUUCAGAGAAGACUCUCUCCUCCGGAGUGUCUCAAUGCGUCCCUGCUGGGAGGAGUUCUCCGUCGAGCCAAGUCCAAGGACGGAGGAAAGGUUUUGAGGGAUAAAUUGGAGAAAAUAGGGAUGAGUUUGCCUGCUGGGAGAAGGAAGGCUGCCAACGUGACCCUGCUGACAUCCCUGGUGGAGGGGGAGGCGAUCCACCUGGCCAGGGACUUCGGGUACGUGUGUGAGACAGAGUUCCCAGCCCGGCAGGUUGCGGAGUAUCUCUCCAGACCCCAUCAAGAGGCAUCAGAUCAAUACAGAAGAAAGGAUCUCAUCAUGGCAACAAAGGUGAUCACAAAAGAGCUAAUGGACCUGUUAAACCAGGAUAGAUCUCCUCUCUGCAACACCAGACCCCAACCUAUCCUAGAUCCUAGUAUACAGAGACAUCUAACCCAUUUCUCAAUGAUUACACACGGGUUUGGUUCUCCAGCUAUAGUUGCAUCCCUCACCGCUAUCCAGAACUACCUGAACGAGAGUAUGAAGCUCCUGGAGAAAUCCUAUCCUCCUUCAUCUUACGGCAUCGACUCCAAACCUAUCCAUAUAGACUCCAAGAUCCUUAUAAACCAUACAUUGGAUAAAAAGUAGAAUAUUUUGUACAUAAAAAAUUUAGUCCUUGGACCCAUUGUACAUAUGUAAGUACAGUAUAGUACACCACCUGACCAGUGCUCAAUUCAUGCAGUCUCUUCUAUGUACAAAUAGUACAACAAUAUGUAUAUGUAAAUUGUUCUUCAUAAAUUAUCCAUAACACAAAUGGAUCUGUUAUGCUAGCUAAAAUCUUGCCAAUUGUACAAUAGAUUCCAGAAGGGAUAAAUUAUAAAGUUCUUUUUUUUUGCUUAAAUCUCUGCUGAAAUUUUCUUCUAUAAGUCUUCCAUCUGUUUCAUUAUUAUUU